GGGUCAGUAUCUGUACAUCCUCAUCCCAGUCAACAAGAUGAAACACCAAAUAUAAAGAACAUGAAGAAAAAGAAAGGAGUUUAGUUUCCUGUGAAUGUUACAAUAAUAUCACAAGAUAUCAUGUAUAAGAACAUAGGAGUAUGUAUACAUAUAGCACUUUCACACUAGUACAGUACUCCUUUGGUCAAGGUGGAAAUUUGCAAUACUCAGAAAAACAAAAAGUAAUUCACUUCUCUAUUUUCUAAAAAUACAUUAAAGAGAAACUUAAGCGGUUAUGCAUUUCUGCUGUAUCUGUAUGUCCUAGUUGACCUACAUUUUCACCUUGUCCCAUCUACAGGACAUGUUUACCUUUCACCUUUUCCACAAAUGAAGUCAAUCAAUGAGGAUAUCAGUUGGUUACGGAGACCUUCCUUGUAUGAUGUUCAGUUCACUGCCUCACACAGAGAAAGUUUAAAUAAUGUGCCUCUCAAUAAUAUCAACAACAACAUGAUCCCAUACUUUCACCUUCAAAAAUAUCAACUUUUUUCAAAAGGCUGCACAUACUUAUUCAAAUAUCCUUAUUAUGCAACAGCUUUCAUAAAUAUUGUAAAAGUGAAUACUCCUAACAUGAUAUCUUAAACAUGUCAAGAAAUAUUUUCUGUAUGACAAUGGCAAAGGGUUUGUGACUUACAACACACAAUGUCCACAUUGAUUGGUCGCUGUUGAACCUUCACCUUGUGUUGACAUUGAUAAAAUAUGGACUAAGGCAUGUGCUCAUUACUGCAUAGUAUAAAGAGUUCCACCAACCAAUAAGAGCCAAGGAUCCUGCAUCCCAACCACUGAACCUUUAUAAAUAAGUGGGACUAUCGGUUACCCUAAUACACAGUCGGGUAUAAACACAAGCAGCAGUGCAUCUUUAAAAAUGGGCAUUUUGUUUGCUUUUCUUGACAUGAGCACCAACAAGUGGACAUUGGCAGUGGUGGUCAUCAUUGUUUUUGCAUUCCUUCUGACCUUUCUCAAUGACAUCUACACCAUUUACAUCAAGGGACUUCCCCCUGGACCCUGGUCACUUCCCAUUGUCGGGGGACUCUACAUGCUUAGUCCAAGGCAGCCUCACAUCAGCAUGGAGAAGUUCAUUCAGAAAUAUGGCAAGAUAUUCACCGUUCAGUUUGGCUUCAUUGGCCCAACUGUGUUCAUCUGUGACCCUGACCUCCCCUACAAGGUUUACUCCCAACAUCUGCCCGACCGACCUCCGCUCCCUGUGUUCAAGUACCUGAACGGCAGUGACGAAGGUAUAGGGUCCAUCCAAUACAGCCACAGUCACAAGCAGCUCCGGAGGAUGUGCCUUCAGGCCAUGAACAGCAUAGGCAUGGCAUCCACACAACAACACACGAACAAAGCCUUCAAAAUAUUUUUCCAAAAUGUGACCACAGGACAUCCAGUUGACCCAACCGUUGACAUCAGGAAGAUGUGCACAGCACUGUUUGCUUCCUACAUCUACGGCCUCUCCUACAAGACAUUUGACGACCCAGUGCUGACUCAGCUUCAACACAACCAACAAGUGACAGUUUCAGUUCUUUUCCCUGCACAUCCAUUCAACAUCCUGCCCUGGACAAUCCAUGUUCCUUGUAAGUGGGCAAAGCAACUCAAAACUGCAGUCAAGGAGCGGAAUGCGACACUGCAGACGCAGUACAGGCUUCUAGACAAUCCAUGCAGGGACCUCAACAUUCAUCACGCAGUGCUGGGUAAGAUGGCUGCCAUGAGACUCAAGGAUCCAAACAAGCCAAGCACAGAGGCAAUCAAGAUGUCCUGCUGGACACAGGAAGUAGCAGGGAUGAUUACUACCUUCAACACAAUGCAGUGGCUGAUGCUGUACCUGGCUGUUCAUUCUGAUGUGCAAGAUCGAGCCCUGGCUCUCAUCAACACAGUCGUUCCUGCUCACAGGCUGCCCACCCUAGCAGACAAACCACACCUACCAUACAUAGAGGCAAUAGUGAUGGAAGUGCUACGGAUCGCUCCCCCGGUGCCACUAGGAAUACCCCACACCUCUCUACAACACACAGUCAAAGUUGGCUCCUACACAUUGCCAAAAGGUACUAUGGUGUUAUGUAACAUCUGGCAUAUCCAUCAUAAUGACAAAUACUGGAAGGAACCAAACACUUUCCAGCCAGAGAGAUUCAUUGACAAUAAUGGAAAGUGCAUUCCUCAACAUAAACUGAAACAUUUCCUACCAUUUGGGCAUGGGAAAAGAUCUUGUGUUGGUGAAAAGUUUGCCCAAAAUAUUCUCUUCUUGUUCACAUGUGCACUGCUGAAAUGCACAGACUUAACAAUUGAAGAUUCUGAGAUUCAAGACAUGAAUGGCUUUGUUACACUUGGCCUUGAGCCAUUCCCACACAAACUUCAUAUCAGCCUAAGCAAACAUGUUGACUUGAAUGAACUGUUUCCAGAAAACAAUUCAACAAGUUCAUCUGACAAAAAAAACAACUGAUCAACAUGAUCAGGUUGAAGAAAAGGACAUUUCCUGAUAUGGUAGAACUAUGCUCAAAAGCAACAAUAUUUUCUAAUGACUUGAGUCUAUAAUCAUGAUAAUGGAAACAUAAUAUGAUAUAAAUCAUAUACACUACUGGCAAACAAUAAACUGAAACAUUUACAUGGUGUAUUGUAUAACCAUCUGUAAGCCAAUACAGUAUCAACUAGAAUAUUGUAGAGGGUCAACAGUAUUGAAAAUUAAGAAAGAAUGAAAGUCAGUGGGUCCUAUUCAUACUCACAAUCCAAAAUCUUAAGAUUUAGCAUGGUUAAGAAUCAUUGAUCACAAUAUGGUAGCAUUAAACUUCAUGGUACCCCUUAAUUUCUGAAAGCAGAUGAAUGAAGAGUUGAAGUCCAAUUACUUUGUUGGUGACAGGAAAAUUAACUAUUUACUGUAAGAGUGAAUGUGUGUUGGGCAUAACUCACUUUCAACAAUAUUGUUAGUUAUAUAACAGCAUGUCAGCUUAAUGUUGGAGGAAAGACCAAAGAAUGUAGGUCUACUCUCUUUACAAUGUUUAUCCCUUGGAUGAAAUCCAUGAGCACAGGAAUGAUGCUAACAAACCAAGGCCUGCAAUCUGGUACUACAGGGGAAUCUGGGUAUUCGAAACCCUUGAUUCAGGAUCAUGGCAUGCUUAUAAUAAAGGGAUGCAACUCUGCCAGUGAACAAGGUGAAUUGCAAUUGCCUGUGACAACAAUGUAGCCAUCUUGCAAUCGCUUAUCCCUUACCUCAAGAAAUUAAUUCAAACAUUUUCCUUUACAUUUCAAACAUUGGCACUACAAUGAACACCUUUUUAUAACCAGAUAGUAUAAAAAUGGGAUUAAAUUGCAUACUUCAGUUCGGAUUGAUCAUGCAGUGAUCAGCUGAUAAUGGUUUUUUUUGAAACCGGGAAAACAUUGUGUCAUUGAAAAACUUGAGUUUAUCAAUAAUGUAAGUAAAUUUUGGGAGGCAUGCUUUACCACGUGAUAUAACCGAGUUAGCGCUAUAUUGAAGAGCACAAUAGCAAGGGAACAUUGUAUGAUUACCAUCUUAAUGUCAACAAACGUCAACAUGAUAAGCGAUAAAGAAUUAUUAUCACUUUUAAGCUCCUAAGAAAUGAGAAAUGUUGGUACCCAGGAAUGACUCCAAUGAGCAUAAGUUUCUCACUGGUGUAUGAGUCAAAACAGUCACACAUCAAAACAGUCAAAACAUACAAAAAGUCAUGAUGACGAAUUGCCCAUGUAUUUUAUUUGUUUGUAUAUAUUUGAAGUUUAUACAAUUAGAACCAGAAUAGAGGAGAUCCAAACAAGCAAUGUGUAUUUAAAUAAUCCGUUCUUCUUGUUAUUUUUUAUGAUUUUGAGAUAAGUGUUUUUUAAGCAUGUUAAGUAGUGAAACCAGCUACAUCAAAGGAAUUAUUGUUUUACAGUAAAUUGUAACGAACAGACUGAUAUUACGAACUUAUUUCAUAGUCCCAGCCAAUUGAUGUAUAUAUGCUGUACAUAUGCUUAUAACCAUGAUAAUGAACUGUUAUUAUUAGUUCAUAAUAACCGUAGGUUACUGUAGUUCAUCAAAGAUGUAACUAAUUUGAAUCAGCGUCUUGCAUCCUUAUGAAAUAAAUGUCUUGUACGGCU